AUGGCUAUAUGGGUAAUUUACUUAUACCAUGACGACAUCAGACUCUGGUGCAUUCAGGUUGGUAGCCCCGUCUUCAGCGGUUCCAAGCCGUCUAGGGAGCUGGCUGACGUUUGCCUUCCGCAGCUCAUACCUCAGAUAUGGCAAAACUGGCGUCGGAAGAAGACUGACGGUCUGCCGGCACUGAUGCUGUUCCUCUGGGUGAUGGCUGUGCCGCCCCUGGGUAUAUAUGCAAUCGUUCAACAGAACUUCAACAUCCCGUUGCAGUUGCAGCCGCAGAUAUUCGGCCUCGAGGCUCUAUUCUGCUGGGCUCAGACGCUCAUAUAUGCCCACGGUUGGAGAACAUGGACUGCAUCCCUGGUGGCUGUCAUCACUGGCAUCGCCUGCGCUGGCGUUCAGGUGUUGCUGGUCUUCACGCUUCGAGGUCCAUAUGCAAACGGUAUCUCUUGGCCCAUCACGACUAUUGGCAUCAUCGCCGCCGUCGUCCUUGCCGCUGGCUUGAUACCGCCAUACUUCGAGCUGUGGAAAAGGGACUUCCGAGUCAUUGGAAUUAACUUUAUUUUUCUGACUACGGACUGGUUCGGCGCAUUCUUCUCCGCGAUGGCUUUGGUCGCCCAACAUACAUUUGAUGUCAUUGGCGGAAGUUCUUAUACUAUUUGCAUGAUCCUCGAGCUUGGGAUAUUCCUUUCCCACAUUCUUUGGCGCUUCCGCACCCGCAAAAUCCACCGCGAAGCAAAGCUGGCUGAUCUCAGCUACGACGACUACAUUGACGAAAAGCGCGGCCUGCCGGCCGCCGAUUCGAGCGCUUCAUUGGAAAAACUUCCGAUACCAUCCAAUGCAAACGGGGCGGAGACGGAUUUGGAAAAAGGGCCGACACAAGUUGUGGCUGUAUCAACAUCGGAGCAAAAAACGACGCCGUAG